AUAAAUAAAAAUCUAUGUUGAAACUUGAAACCGGUUUCUUGUUGUUAAAAAAAUAUUGUUUAAAAGAAAGAAUAAACAAAACUAUUAAUUAAAGUAACUAAAUUUAGUAUUAAACUUAAACUUUACACAGAUUUAACUUGCAAAGUUGAGUGUUUAUUUUUUUAAUAAAAUAAACAAUAGACAACAAAUAAACAAUAAAAUAAGAUAAUUAAAUAACAAUUGUAGAAAAAAGAGACGGAGAGAGUGCGAUAGAAAGAAUUAAACAAAAACUUAACAUUUUUCCUGUCAUUCAUUGUUAAGCAAUUGGUCUUGAAUACACAAUACAACACAUUGUUUCUUUUAAUAAAAUGUUGCUUAUAAAUCCUGAACAAAAUUCGAAAAACGUAUCUUGUCAACAACGCCUGCCAUCAUCAAAGCAACAAUUCAUUUUAGCACGUGCUAUUCUUUGUCAUAUUUGCAUGCUAGUGACGUUUUUACAAUUUAUUCAUAUUGCGCAGACGCGUCGUCUACAACCAUGUGAAUUUGCAGGUCAACUGUAUAUAUUGGACGUGCCCAAAACGGAAUUACCAUUGUGGUCGUGUAUAGCGGAAUAUGAGAGUCGUUAUCAUACCGAUGUCAUUGGCAAACGUAAUUUAGAUGGUUCCUAUGAUUAUGGUAUUUUUCAAAUAAGCGAUAAAUAUUGGUGUCAACCACAAAAUAAAUCUCAUGAUUUAUUCUAUUCGGCCAAUGAGUGUAAUGUUAAUUGUACCGAAUUACUGUUGGAUGAUAUAACACAAGCGGUUAGAUGUGCUCGCAUAAUAUUGAAACAGCAGGGUUGGACGGCUUGGUCAGUUUAUGGAGAGUUUUGUAAUGAAACGUCGACAAGUUUAAGUGAUAUUGAAUAUUGUUUUGUGUGAGAUGAAAAUUGAAAAAUGAGAAAUAGAGAAAUAAAUGGAAAUUGUUUAAAGAAAAUUAUUAAA